UUGCCUACUUUAGGACCAUCUGGGCUUGGUCCAGCCCAGAAGAACUAGGGAUAGAGUGCCACCAGGAACUCCUACCUAUUGCUGAGGGUCUCCACUCUGCCAACUACAACACCAGGUGCCCACUCAACCCUGCGCACCCAACCCUGACUCCAACCAGAUUCUGUCAGAACAGUCGUUUUGCGUGACACCGGAGUCUCACAGUAGACCCACCCUAUCGCCUCCUCUGAUCACCCCCGCUCUGCCAAGAUGGACCGGUCCGUGCAGGAACUCUUCCUCAACUUCAUGAUUGUCUUAAUCACCGUGAUGCUCAUGUGGCUUCUGGUCAAGUCCUACCAGGAAGCAUGAGUUCCAGGAUCUGCUGGGUGGGGGGAGCCCUUUUUGGCUAGGAUCCCCACCAUAAGACCAGGAGGGAAAGCCAUGCAGGGCGUCAGAGCUUUGACACAGUGGGGCUGCGUCAAGAUCCAGCACACUCUCGCUCAUCCACUGGCUUAUCCUGAGCUUCUCAAUGUUCAAAUGAUUUUCACGUUUGUGUUAAAAAAUAACCUAAAUUUCUAAUUGAACUUUGAUUGUGUUUAUUUGAUAAAGAGCCAAAUUCGUAUUGUGUUCGUUUUUGCUUACUUAAAUAAAUGUAUACGUAUGAACUAUACAUAGAAAAUGCAGAUCCAACAGAACAGUGAACUACAAUAAACAUGUGAUUCUGAAUCUGAACAUUCUGUUUACAGUUUUUAAAAUAAAAGUUGUCAUCUUUAAUACUA